CCUCUGUAAAUAGCCUGUUGUGCAGGGGAGGAGGUGGAUAAAGAAUGGCAGCAUCUCGCCAGCUUGGCUUUUUGCUACUUGAAGGCGAGACGUCAGGACUUCUUCAUUUGCUGCUGCCGGGGCAAGGGUACUAUUUGUGUGGGUUUGUUUGAGGGCUGCAUUCCUGGUGAAAUAGUCCAUCAGACCGCUAUUAUUUAGCUGGAUGAAAGCUCGAGGAACUUUAGAAGGAGAGAAACAUCCAGCUCACCCAUUUGGGGGAUUUAUAAAUGACACGAAGAAAAUAAAAUGCUAAUAUAUCGGUGUAGGGUGCUACCAACCCAGGACGAUGCAAGCCCACGAGCUGUCCCAGUUCUUUCGGAUGCCAGAGAUGGUUGACUUCCGGCAGUACGUGCGCACCCUUCCAACCAACACGCUCAUGGGCUUCGGUGCGUUCGCGGCGCUCACCACCUUCUGGUAUGCCACACGGCCGCGGGCCCUGAAGCCACCGUGCGACCUGGCCAUGCAGUCGGUGCAGGUGGCGGGCAGCGAUGGUGCCCGGAGAUCCGUGCUCCUGGACAGUGACGAGCCCUUGGUGUAUUUCUAUGAUGACGUCAGAACGCUAUAUGAAGGUUUCCAGAGGGGCGUACAGAUCUCAAAUAAUGGCCCAUGUUUAGGUUCUAGGAAACCAGACCAACCCUAUGAAUGGCUUUCAUACAAACAGGUUGCAGAAAUGUCAGAGUGUGUGGGCUCGGCGCUGCUCCACAAGGGCUUCAAGGCGGCCCCAGAUCAGUUCAUCGGCAUCUUUUCUCAGAACAGACCUGAGUGGGUGAUCAUUGAACAGGGAUGCUUUGCUUAUUCGAUGGUGAUCGUUCCCCUCUAUGACACCCUCGGGGCAGAAGCAAUCACCUACAUCAUCAACAAAGCUGAACUCUCUCUGGUUUUUGUGGACAAGCCAGGGAAGGCCAUCCUCUUAUUAGAAGGUGUAGAAAAUAAAUUAACACCAUCCCUUAAAACUAUCGUUCUCAUGGACUCCUAUGGCAGUAAUUUGUCCGACCGAGGCAAGAAGUGCGGGGUGGAGCUCAUCAGCUUGAAGGCGAUGGAGGACCUGGGAAGAGCCAACAGACGGAAGCCCAAGCCUCCAGCACCUGAAGAUGUUGCAAUAAUUUGCUUCACAAGUGGCACUACAGGCAACCCCAAAGGAGCACUGAUCACCCAUCGAAAUGUAGUGAGCGAUUGUUCAGCAUUUAUUAAAAUGACAGAGGGUGCAUUCGUUGCUUCCUCAGAUGAUACUUUGAUCUCUUUCUUGCCUCUCGCCCACAUGUUUGAGAAAGUUGUAGAGUUUUUGAUGCUGAGUCACGGAGCUAAAAUAGGAUUUUUCCAAGGAGACAUCAGGCUGCUUAUGGAUGAUCUCAAGACCCUUCAACCCACCGUCUUCCCUGUGGUCCCCAGACUGCUGAACCGGAUGUUUGACCGAAUUUUUGCUCAGGCAAACACCACGCUGAAGCGAUGGCUGUUGGACUUUGCCUCCAGGAGGAAAGAAGCCGAGCUUCGCAGUGGCAUCAUUAGAAACAACAGCCUGUGGGAUAAGUUGAUCUUCCACAAAAUACAGUCGAGCCUGGGAGGAAAAGUACGGCUGAUGAUCACAGGAGCAGCGCCCGUGUCCGCCACCGUGCUGACCUUCCUGAGAGCCGCGCUGGGCUGCCAGUUCUACGAAGGCUAUGGACAGACCGAGUGCACUGCCGGGUGCUGCCUGACUGUGCCUGGGGACUGGACCGCAGGCCAUGUUGGUGCCCCAAUGCCUUGCAACAUUAUAAAGCUUGUCGAUGUGGAAGAAAUGAAUUACAUGGCUGCCAAGGGCGAGGGCGAGGUGUGUGUGAAAGGGGCUAAUGUAUUUCAAGGCUACUUAAAGGACCCAACAAACACAGCAGAAGCUCUGGAUAAAGACGGCUGGUUGCACACAGGGGACAUUGGAAAGUGGUUACCAAAUGGCACCUUGAAGAUCAUCGACAGGAAAAAGCACAUCUUUAAACUGGCGCAAGGAGAGUACAUAGCUCCGGAGAAGAUUGAAAACAUCUACCAGCGAAGUGAACCUGUCGCUCAGGUGUUUGUCCACGGAGAGAGCUUGCAGGCAUUUCUCAUAGCAAUUGUGGUACCAGAUAUUGAGACGCUAGGUCCCUGGGCCCGGAAGCGAGGCUUUGAAGGCUCCUUUGAAGAGCUGUGCAGAAGCAAGGGUGUCCAAAAAGCUGUUCUGGAAGACAUGGUGAGACUUGGGAAGGAUGCUGGCCUAAAACCAUUUGAACAGGUCAAAGGUAUUAGUCUCCACCCUGAAUUAUUCUCUGUUGACAACGGCCUUCUGACCCCAACGAUGAAGGCUAAAAGGCCAGAGCUUCGGAAGUAUUUCAGGUCACAGAUCGAUGAACUUUAUUCCACCAUCAAAAUCUAAUGCGAGGAAGGAAGUUGGGAAGAGGCCGCAUGCCUCCGCGGUCUUCUCCUGCCCGUGGCCUCAGUGGGUAGUUUUGACAACAGCAAGUAGGGAAGGAGCGUCUUUGUCUGCCUCGUGCGUUCAGAUUCUCAUCACAGGAAGCUUAGAGGGAAUGGAACACUGCCUUAUGGUCACGUCGCAUUGCAGACCAUGUUCACGGUGAUACAUAAUUUCCAAAAUGAGCCUUAAAAAAAUUGUAAAGGGGAAACUAUAAAUGUGCUAAGUUAUUUACGACUUCCUCAGUUUAAAAAGAGGGUGAAAACUUGUCUCCCUUUUUUGCUAACCAAGUGGUUAGGACUUUGCUAGUUCUGAGAUGUCUGCUACUUGCUGCAAAUUCUGCAGGUGUCUGCUGCUCUGAAGAGUACCGUGCACUGGAGGGAACCGUCCCUUAUAAACAAGAACUGUCCCAGCUGCAGGAGGUUGCAAAUGGACCAGAGGGUUUUUUUUAAUCCCUGCCACCGUCCCCUCCCCAUCUCAUGUGACCCUUCUGAUUAACCCCUAUCACUCCUGUUGGAGCAGAGGAUGGACCUAACUCAGAACAACGCAGGUAUGGAUGGAUGGCCGCUCACCAGAGCGGGUGGAUUCUGGCGUCCACAGAGCAGAAUAUUCGCCGACCCUCUUCUCAAGACCCGAUUCCCUCCCUCCAUCCCUUCCCAGGGGUUAUUAAAAAAAUCUGCCUUAGACUCUGCAGUGAAGGCAAGCAUUUCAACAAGGAAACAAUGACCUGGAUCAGCCAUGUUCAACUGUGACGCCUGAAGAACUGUCCACUUUAUCUUCACUGAACCCGUCGCUCUGUCUGUGAUGGUUUUUAAUGUGGUUUUCAUAUCAGAAGAGUACGUUGUGAUUAAGUGGCUUUUUUUCCCCAGAAUAAACUCUCAGGCAAGGCAUGUCUUUAAAAAUAUUAAGGGGGCUUCCCUGGUGGCGCAGUGGUUGAGAGUCCGCCUGCCGAUGCAGGGGACACGGGUUCGUAUCCCGGUCCGGGAGGAUCCCACAUGCCGCGGAGCGGCUGGGCCCGUGAGCCAUGGCCCCUGAGCCUGUGCGUCCGGAACCUGUGCUCUGCAACGGGAGAAGCCACAGCAGUGAGAGGCCUGCGUACCGCAAAAAAAAAAAAAAAAAAAAAAAAAAAAAAAAAAAUUAAGGGAGUAGAUACACUUGGGUACUUAUUGAAAUGGAUGGUAAUUAAUAAAUGCUCUUCUAUCAUAAUGCUACCUGAUUUCUAUGAAAUGUAUUUGACAAGCCAAAAUUCUAAGACAUAGGAAUCUGGAAAACUCAUUUCCUGGGAUUAACUUCUCAAGGGAUUUUUUUUUUAAGUUAAUUUGGGUAAUUAACAGCAUUUCACUUUACUGCAAGUCUUUGCCACAUGUGACUGAAUUUAGUUGUCAUUUAUAUGUUGAAAGCAGUUGUUUGUGGAUAUGUGACUACCUGUAUUAUACAAGCACAACAGGGUUUGCCCUAAAGAGUUGUCGUUGUAAUAACGCUAUUUGGUAGCCUAGCUUCAGAUGUGCAUUCUUAAUUGCACAAGAAGUCAAUAAUUUGUCACAAUGGGGUUUUGAAUGUUUGCUUUAAGUGUUGGCUAUUUCUAUGUUUUAUAAACCAAAACAGAAUUUCCAAAAACAAUGAAGGAAACCAAAAUAAAUAUUUCUGCAUUUCAA